CAUGUGCUGAGAUUCAGCCUCCUUCACUCACCACUCGUUUCUCAUUCUUUCUUUCAUCAUCACUUUUUCAUGUGGCUUAAUAGCUCCACUUUCCUUCAAGACUCGUCCUGUGUUGUCACCCUUUGAGUUUUUGUCGUUACUUCGUCACUCAUUCUCAUUUUUCGAUAUCAAAGUCGUAAUGCGUUCCAUUAUAGGGUUUGUCGUCGCUGCCCUCAGUUUGCUGGGAGCUAGCGACGCUCAGACGUCUUCUGAUACUCCUGUCACUGUUGCUUCCGCUGCUACCUUGGACUCUACAGUCCUCAUCAUUGCCCCUGAUGAGUAUUCGGCCUCGACUGCUAGUUUAGGUCUCCAGGGUUAUGGUAUCCCCUUCGAGAAUCUCUUGGUUCCUCAAGCCGGUAUCGAUCUGCCAUCCAUGAACUCGUCUGCCUCGCACGGCAACUAUGGUGGCAUUAUCGUCAUUGGCUCUGUCUCGUACAAUUACGAUGGUAACUGGCACAGCGCUCUUACUAAUGCCCAGUGGACCACCCUCUAUGAGUAUCAGGCUAAUUUCCAUGUCCGCAUGGUCCGUAUCAAUGAGUAUCCCGGUCCUCGCUUCGGUGCCAGUGCCAUCGCUGGCGGAUGCUGUGACAACGGCGUGGAACAACUAGUUAGCAUCACCGACACCAGCGAUUUCGUUACUGCCAAUGUCAAGAAGAACGCAGGAUUGUCUACCAAAGGUCUUUACCACGUCCCCGCAACCAUUACCGACACGAGCACUACUCGUCAAGUCGCUGAGUUUGGCACUGCGCAAGGGUUUUCUAGCAAGAGCGUUGCUGCUGUAAUCAACAACUUCAACGGCCGUGAGCAGUUUGUCUGGUUCCUCAGCUGGGCUCCUGACUGGUCACAGACCUCGGCAUUCCUUCAGCAUACUCAUAUCCACUGGAUGACUCGAGGUCUUUUCCUUGGCAAGCGAAAGAUACACUUGGGGUGCCAAAUUGACGACAUCCAACUCCACGCUGAACUUUACUAUCCAGCUGGUCAGCUGUUCAAGAUCCGGGCUGAUGAUCUUGACGCCCACGUCAACUGGCAGAAUAACCUCAAGACCCGAUUGCCUGCUGGUUCCGACUUCAGAUUGGAGCUUGCCCAUAAUGGUAAUGGAGAUAUCAUAGCUGCCACAGGCGGCAAUGGGAACGAGCAGAAUGUGUGCGUUCCUGACUACGCGGUAGACCCUGAAAUCCCCCCCAACACUCCCCUUGAAUGGGUCAAGCCUCCUGGAACUGGCACGGAUCUCUGGCCUGCAGAGUUUGUUGAGUAUGGUUGGUCAUUGUCUUGUGCCAAGCGCGAUGCCUUUGCCAAAUGGUUCUUGAACAAAGACAACCUUAAUCAGUUUGCACACCUCUCUCACACCUUCACCCAUCUGUCGCUGAACAAUGCCACAUACCAUGAUGCCUCUCGAGAGAUCCACUUCAACCAGGCCUGGAUGGCCCAGAUGGGAAUUGACAAAGCGACUCGAUUCUCCGCGCAUGGUCUCAUCCCCCCCGCUAUCACCGGCUUGCACAACGCCGAUGUUAUUAAGGCUUGGUUAGAUAAUGGCAUCUCCUAUGUCGUUGGUGAUAACACCCGCGUUCCCUUGCGCAACCCAAGCAACAAGUUCUGGCCUUUGAUCAGCACUGUCGCGGCAAACGGCUAUGAUGGCCUUGUCAUUCUGCCUCGAUUUGCAACAACUAUCUACUACAACUGCGACACGGCUGAGUGUACCACAAUGGAGUGGGUCAAUACAUCUGGGGGCAGCGGCGGUUUUAGUGACCUCCUGGCCCAGGCUAAGAAUGACAACACGCGUUAUCUAUUAUCUCUGAUGCCCGACCCUUAUAUGUUCCAUCAGGCCAAUUUGCGCCAGACCGAUAUGCCAACUAUCACUGUGGGAGAUCAGACCGGCAAAAUGUCCCUCGUUAUGUCAUGGGUUGAGACUAUUACUCAAGAGAUGACCCGGUUGACGAACUGGCCCAUUACUUCACUCAAGCAUGACGACAUCGCACAAUAUUUCCUUAACAGAAAGGGGGUUGAUGAUUGUCAUCCAAAGCUCUCAUACACCUUCUCUGACAAUGGCCUGUCUAUCAAGUCGAUAACCAUUACUGCGGAUGGCAAUCAGUGCAGCACUCCUAUUCCCGUUACCAUCCCCUCGGGUUCUGUCACUUCAUCCGGCGGCUCUGCUACUGCGGACCAGGUCGGCACUGAGCCUCCGAUCCAAUGGGUGAAGCUCAGUGGCUCACCUGUUACACUUACACUUAGCCAAACUGUUUCUCUUUGAGGUGUAUUCCAAAUAGAGAUGUAUUAGAUCAGUCUGUUGACUAUCAGAAGAUCUUACAUAGCUUGGGAUUGUGUAUAUUACCAUGCAGUACCCACCUGCCGUACAGCAAAAAAAAGUCUCCCCAUACAAAAUGCUUAUUGUCACUUACACGGUGCUUACCCAAAACUGGACUUAUUGACCUAAAACAAUGUCUGUUAGAUUGAGAAUUGCAUCAGGUUUGGUAUUAUUAAACUGACUUUUUAAUCGCUUGUGCGGUAUAAUCGUAUGGCACUAGUUAAUCUAAAAU